CAAUAUGCAGUAGAUGGCGCGCAGGAAGCAAAAUCUUUUUCUGCCCUUCUGUUUUUCGACAUAUUUGCAGCGGUGAUACGCUAAGUAGAACUCAAAAUGUCUAUCCGACCGGUUUAUCGACCCAAAAUCGUAAAAAAAAGAACGAAGAAGUUUAUCAGGCAUCAGAGUGAUAGAUAUAAUAAACUCAAGCGCAACUGGCGUAAACCGAAAGGUAUCGAUAAUAGAGUCCGCAGGCGUUUCAAGGGCCAGUACUUAAUGCCUAGUAUUGGUUAUGGUAGCAACAAGAAAACGCGUCACAUGUUACCAACUGGUUUCCGCAAGGUUCUUGUACAUAAUGUAAAGGAACUCGAAGUUUUAAUGAUGCAAAAUCGCAAGUUUUGCGCAGAGAUUGCACAUGCUGUUAGCAGUAAGAAGAGGAAACUCAUUGUCGAGCGUGCUCAACAACUUUCGAUACGUGUAACAAAUGCCAGUGCACGCUUACGUUCGGAAGAGAACGAGUAAGCAUUACUUUUCGUGUAUUUUGGCAAUAAAAUAUUAAAAACUUA